UGAGGGAGGAGUUGAGUUCAACAGCUGGCUGGAUCGCUUUGAAGAUAUUUGAACAAGAUACCUUCACACCGCGAUGCAUGAAACAGCGUCUAUGCACUCAGAAGAAAAAACACUGUGUACCAUUAAACUAUGAAAAACGGAAAAGGAAGGCUUAUAGAAUCACACAAAGAUCUGGUGGACGAUGGAAACGGUUCAUCGUUGAAUAACUGUUUUUCCAUGAGAAACGCUGGAGAUUUGCCUCGUGAAAAGGUGACCAUUGGAGUGAGUGCCUUUUGACAGUGUUGCAGCUACAGCCGCUCGAGACGAGAGAGGGACAAAAGACGGGACACAUCGCAGCUUUUGCUCUCUCCAUACAUCGGCCCACUUUUAUGAACAAGUUGGCUAAGAUGGGGCUGUCAUUUUCCUGGAGUUAAAUGCUAGUUCAUGAGAAGAGAGUGCGAGUUUGGCCAAGGACGAGGAGAAAGAAGAAGAGGGCUGUUUCCUGAUGCAACAGGACAGAGCAAGAGUGGACAUGUCUUUUUGGGCGAUAUUACCUGUCAGUCUGCCGGCCUUGACCAUCACUGGAAUAUGGGUUGUGUAUGCCAUGGCCUUGUACAACCAACACGUCUGUCCUGUAGAUAACUGGCUGUAUAAUCAGUCGUGUGAGGAGGAACUCCAUCUCCAGAGCGGCCCAACGUUGUGCUGCACUCUGGAAAAUGUUCCCCUCAUCAGUAAAUGUGGGACUCUUCCUCCAGAAAGCUGCUUCUUCAGCCUCAUCUGCAGCACGGGAUCCUUCAUAGUGAUGGUGAUUGUCCUCCUGCGUUAUGCUCAUGUCAUAGAGAAGCACCAGAACUGUGUGUUGAACACUGCGGCCCUGUCCACAGGCUGGAUCUGUGCUGCGGGACUCAUCAUGGUCGGCAACUUCCAGGUGGACAAUGCUAAGAUCCUCCACUAUGUGGGAGCAGGUGUGGCCUUCCCCACCAGCAUGCUGUUUGUGUGCCUGCAGUCGGCUCUGACCUACAGGCUGGCCAAGACUCAGGGAGAAUACAACGUGGCGCACCUUCGCCUGGCCAUGACGCUACUGGCUUUCAUCGCCUUGGUGCUUAGUGGCGUGUUCUUCGUCCAGGAGAGUUUCGUCUUGCAGCACGCAUCUGCCAUCUUUGAGUGGGUGUUCUGCGUCAUCAUCAUGCUCUUCUACGGAACGUUCAGCUUUGAGUUUGCCGGCGUCACAGGAGACACUGUGAUGGUGCUCGCCAGAGGGGGCGCUCUAGGACCAAAUGGGAGGGGCCACAAAGUGGAGUCACUAGGGGGGCCCAUUUCACAUCCCCCUGAGAGCAUGUCCAUGCUGUAGUCCCUGGGAGAAAGGCCAGAGAUCUGGCCUGUACCAUUAUCAAUCUACGGGGAGGUGAAGGGACAUUGUGUAUCCAUUGCUAAACACCAAAAAACCCAUUCCAGGAUGUGAAGUGGACUAUGCCAAUACCACAUUAACCCAUUGUCAGCAUGCCUGGGCGUUCCAAGUGGAAACCGUGGGGGAGACAUUACCCUUGUCCCCAAACCCUGUCCCAACCCCCAUAGACCCUGAUUCAGUUUGCACAUCGUUAAGGAACCAAAUAAGAUUUAGCUUUUCCUUUAUUCACCCUUUUCUGGUGGAAGGAGUGAUGGUGCUCCAUCACCUGUUAUAGGAAGAAAUCCCACGGCAGCUGAGUCUGAGCCUGCUGCCAUCUGAUGACAUCAUGGUCGUCUCUGGUGACAUCAUUGUCAUCUCUGGUGACAUCACUGCCAUGUCGACUAAGGCUGAGAGGAGGGCUGGCCGCCAGAAUGCCAUAAAGUAUGAACGUAAGAGAAAGAGACAGAGGCUGAAAGGCUAUGAAAAUAAUAACAUAAAUGCAUUAGAGAAGAGACUGACUGGGUCAGUAAGCUAGGACUGUAAUAUAGCACCUAUUCCAAUGGGGAUUUAGGAUUGAUUAAUAUUGUCCAAUAGACCAAGUACACAUCAUUCAUAAAAACCACCUUCCUGACUGUUAAAUUUGUACAUAAAAUUAUUGUAUUUUUUUACCUCUAAGUCCUAUUGGAACCAAAGUUGUAUUACUACAAGAGGUUGCUUAUGUUGUUAGUUCGACAGCAUGUCUGUUUUUCCGAAGGUGACUGAGAUAACAUUAGAUUUAACAAAAGGCUUCUUGUAAUACUUGUGAUUCAUAAUGGACCCUUAUGAUGCAGCCCUGGAGAUUGAAACAGGUUUAAAGCUAUUCCACUAUCUAAAGCUAUUCCACUAUCGCCAAGUAUCGGAGGGAGCCUAAACAAAACAGCACACCUAAAUGAUGGUGUUUAAUGCUUGUGCACAUAAUUCCCAAUUCCUGACCUCCCCCAGUGAAACAAAUACCGUCCAUAAAGGGCUGUGAUUUUUCUGCCAGUGUUGAACUUCAAAUGAGACCUGCCGUCAGUGUCAUGUGAGCCGGGCCUCACUGGACAGCUCCCAGCAUGCCACACGGACUAUUUUUAAUAUCCCAAAUAAUUCAAAUGGUUGAAUGAGUGAGGACAACAAAUGUGUUCAUGGCAAAGAGGCUUCUCCGAUGAACCAUAUACUAGUCAUUGAAGCCCAGCUUUAAAACUGGGUAUAUCUGGCAACCAGCUGAGUUAAUUUAUAUUUCUACUGAUGGAAGUAUUGUAUUUUAAAGCUGGAUUAUGGAAUGCAGACUUUUGGAUUCUUUUGGAAUUUUACAGAUACUUGAGUAUAUGAAAAGCCGAACCUCCAAUAGUAUUUUAUAUAUAAUGUCUAAAUUACUUGUAUUGUAUUUUUACGUGUUGACUGUGCUGUUCAGCCAAAAUGUAUAAAUGUUUGGAGAUCUGAUGACUGGAAAAUCCAAAUGUAAACCAGCUAACACAAGCUACAGUUGUCCAUUCAAAUCACAGGAAAUCACAAACGUCUGAAGAAAACCAAGGACCAAAAUAGAGAAUCUAUUUAUAAUCUCAGAAACGAGGAUUGGACGCGCCUUCUUCCCUUCGAAUUCCCUUCCAGUAGGCCCUUUUUGUCAGUCUGAAUGUCUGUAUGUUCCUGUUUCAGUCAACUUGGUGUUGUCUCAGAGAACAUGUCAGUUGUUGUUUUGCGAGGUGACAAUGUAGUGCGCUUGGCUGCUCUUGUCAUCUUGGCUUUUGUCUUUCUGUCAUUAAGCAUAUUUUGGUAAUAGGGCAAAGGGAACGGGAUUGCUGCCUGCUGCUGCUGUUAUUCAAAAGACUGUAGGGACAUAAACCUAUUCUGUACUUACACUGUGCCAAACCAUCUAUCUGCCUUCCAGAUCUGUGUGGCCUUACUGUGCAUUUUUCUCCACUGUUUCAAUGCUGCCUUAAUUAGCUUUGCUGUUUGUAGAUUGUAGAGCAUACAGUUCCAUUCACAAGUGUUUCACAUUUCCCCUCAGCCAUAUCAACACCUAGAAAGUGAGUUACUGAAAAAUUGGAGUGAAUGCAGUUUCUUACAGACUUUAAUAAAAAAACUCAAGUAGGCAAUAAUUAUUAUAGAGCGGAAAAGUUGUUCCAUAACGCCUCCUGGUGGCAACGCUGAUUACUGCACAGAGCUGUUACUAUCAACUGGUUUCAAUUGGCCAUACCAUAAUACAGAAAAAAAAUGAUAUGUGGCUUUUGUAUUCUGGUGUUACUCUGUGCCAACCAAUCCACAACUGAAGCUAUUUAAAUGUCUGUUUUUAGUGGUAUUAAUGCCCAGGAAAAUUAAACAAACUCAAUGUAUCUUUAAUGUCAUACUACACAUCUGCCUCUGUUUUCAAGUGGCCUUACAGAGCUGUUAAAACUGUCUGAAUAAAUCACACUGAUCUGGUAUUGACUUCCAAACACUGCCAAAUGUUAUCAUAGCUUUAUGCAUAGAUGAAGUUUCCACAUGAUGGUUUAGGUUCAGCUGAGCAUAUAGUCUAAUGGUUAUGGUUAGGAUUUGGCACAGAUAAGAUAAUCCAAUAUCUGUCUGUAAUACAUAUUUGUGCAGAGCUCUGUGGCCAUGUUCAUUACACUAAAUGGAAGAAAGCUGACACAGGGAGGAAAUAACUGGUCCAAUGAAUUAUCCUAAUGUUGGCGUUCAAUGUUGAAACACUGUCAAACAUUUUCUAUGGCAUGCCUGAAUGAAUGACUGAUUUCAAGGUUUCUCAAUGUGUCUCUGUUUACUGAUCUACCUUUGAACUUUUACCUCUCAGGAAUUUGUUACAUCACAAGAUGGCCGCCAUCCGUUUCUCUAAACAGAAAUGUUGUCUUUUUCAUGUCAAAUUAUGUUUGACCUGAUUGGCUAAUUGACCUGAUUGGUCACCUGCCAUGGUCCCAUUAGUUAUAUGUUCUAUGCAAAACCAUUUAAUAUGCCUGGGGUCAGCUGUGGUUCAAUGCUUUAUCAUACAAUGGCAAAACAGUAGUGUAGAAAUCACAUCAGUUAAUUCAUACAUGUAUGAUUGAAGUGGUUCUGUUGUAAAUCUAAAACUUGAUAGAUUAUGUUAUGAAAAUGCUUGCUUAGGUGUUAUUUGUACAGCCAAAGAUCUUUCCAAGGCUGUAAGUUUCCCACCCCUGAUCCAGCUCUUGUCAUCAUGGUUAAUUUCAAUAUUGUCAUACCUACCUUCAGAUAUAUAGUGUUAAACGUUACUAUUACACUAAAUAUUACAUGUAUGUGCCUUUUUUUUGGAUAGAAAUAAUGAAAGAUAUGUUUAAGGGUAUGUGUAUUUGGCGUAAGAGAAACAAGACUGUUUGUUUGCCUUAAAGUGAUCUAUAAUAAAACUGAGGAA